GAGUGUAUGUAUACCUUCAAAUAACAAUACCUGAAAUUUGUUUCGAUUGGCUGAGUGGAUAGGCCACUAGGGGAUCAUAUAUCAGUGAAGUUUUUAUGACCAUCUUAUUCUUUUGCUUUGCAAUAUUAAACUUACGUACGCAGCAUAAUUCAAAGUCAAUAACAUGUGCUUCAUCAUUUUUUAAACAUAUUCAGUUCAGAGUCCAUGAAAUCUGAAGUCAUCUUUAUAUAUGUCGUAUAUGAGAAUCGGAAUGAAUUUAUCAUAAAACCUUAUACUUUCUUAUUGUUUUAUCUCUUUCAGGAGAAGUAUGAUUUUAAACUGUCAAGGAAAUCUACAGAUAUUUCCUUUUGAUAAUCCCAAGUGUCCUUUCGCUAUAGAGAGCGUUUCCCACGAAAUGUCGGAACUAAAGCUAACGUGGGAGCCUGGUGUCAUGCCAAUCAGCGGAGCCAGUUCCCUUAGAUACCAUAAUGCCUAUUUAGUCAAGAACGAGACUGGUGAUUGUAAUAACCAUCACACGUGGAGAGGGAAUUACAGUUGCCUUCGCGUUCUGCUUGUAUUCACGCGUGACAAGAUCUUCUACUUCAGCACAGUCUUCGGCCCUGGCUUCGUCUUGGUGACGAGCUCCUUCAUAAGUUUCUGGUUGGAUAUCAAUGCAGUUCCUGCGCGGGUCAUGAUUGGAGUAACGACCAUGUUGAACUUUUGUACGACCACCAACAGCUUCCGUUCCACAUUACCAGUGGUCUCCAACUUGACCGCCAUGAAUCUGUGGGAUGGAGUUUGCAUGUUUUUCAUUUAUGCUUCCAUGCUAGAAUUCAUCAUUGUGAAUUACUUGUACAGGAGGUAUCCACACAGAGCGUCAACCGCUACUGGGGCCGCCGGUCAACACCUAACAGCUGGAGAAAGCCUAAGGGCUGCAUCCUCUAAUAUAGGACGGUGGUGUGGAAAUUUUGAACCUAACGUCUUAAAAGACAACAAUAGCAACGACCCUGGCAUCACAAGGGAUCACGUGUCCUCAUCGAGAGAACCUGGGCAAGGAAUGCCCAUUGAAGAUCGUCGGGCAGCUGCUCUCUCUCUCUUUGGUUGGCUAAAGAGGCCACAGCCAAUUAUACCGCCUAAUUACAACAGACAAAGACUGUCAAAGAAUAUAGACAAAGUUUCGAAGAUUCUCUUCCCAUUAUCAUUUGGAUUGUUCGUGGCGGCCUAUUUCCUAACAUACGCUGUCAUCAAACCGACUCACAAAGAAAAUUGGGAGCUGUUGAGCAACGGGUAUACGAACUAAAUUCGAUACUGACAGAGUGAGGCCUUCAAAAGAAAUGAAAUCAGGGAUAGGAUAACUAUUGCCAAUCUUCAAUAUAAAAAGCCGUGGAGAAGACUACUUGAUGUGCCAUCGUCUGCGAUUUGCUAAUAAAAGCAAAACUUUGAAAAAAAAAGUGCAUCUUUUUUAUCAGCCAUCCCCAAGGCAAAGUCAAUGAUUUCGUACUUCAGGUUUUCGGAAGAUUUUCACUAAAUUUUUGGAAAUGUGAUUGCACAAUAGAUUGACCAAGAGAGAAAAGAAUUUGUUUGCUAUGGACUUUAAAAUCAGUAAAGCAAAGAGAAUAUAGAUUCUUUUUUCAUUUCACCAUUUUCAUGCGUUCCUCCAAUUUCAUUUUCUCUCCGAAAUCUUCUUUUAUUUGUUUAUGAAAUUUUAACUAUGUUUCAAAAAUUGAAGUUUAGUUUAUUCUCAACUAAAAAUGGCUUUACAAAUUGUUUAUUAUGUAAUUUAAAUUUAAAUCCGGUAACCUUUUCAAAAAUAUCUAAAUGGAAAGUUUUCUUUGAAAAAUUAUUGCUAAACUUUCAAAGAUUCUAACAUUAUUAAAUGUUUUAACUAAUAUUAUAUUUUUACUUCAUUAAAUAUCUCACCAAUAUCUCCCAUUAAGCGAUUUCACAAAACUGCAAUUCGAAUGUUAAUUUAAUUGCAUGCUGUUUCUGAAUGUCUCAAGUUGGAAAACGCUUAAUCGUUACAAGCUUGUAUUCUAAAGAUAAAAUAUACCAAAAAAAUGGCACUGUCCAGUGUUAUUAGUUUCUUGUCAUCACGCCGCUUCAAGAAAUGAAUAGAAGGAAAUAACUAUUAAAGAAAGCUAAAAAGAAAAUAGUUUUUCCCCAUCCUCGAGUAUGUAAAAUUGUAAUAAAAUAUGCAGAAAGUGAUUUCGAAGUGCAUUAUUUAAAAAAUGAAGAGCAAAAUUUCUAGUAAAUUUAAAGAGAUUACACUUUUGAACAUCAAGGAAUUAUAAAUCUUCUAGAUUUCAAACAGUAGUAGACAUUUUUUUCCGAUUUCUACUCAUUGGUAUCAUUAGAAUCUAAGAACAUCUCCAAAGCUGUAGUUUUCAUUAUAAUGUGUCUUAUUUAACAAAAGCCAAAUUUCUUGCCGUGAAACUUUAUAUUCUGGAAUAUAAAAUUUCAGCAUUUAUAAGUGAACUAAAUACUAUACUUUUCCAUGCAUUACUCAAGAAAUUUAACAGCCGAAAAAGAGCUCUAUUAUUAUUUAAACGGUAAAACAAAUUUAAUAUUUCUACUUCUACUACAGAUAUCCUGCCAAAUCUUUAAACUAUUUACAUGCUGCCUACGAGUAUCCUGAAGAAUUUAAUAGGUAAUAAUUUUUAGGAAAGAAUAAAUCCAAAGAAUAACAUUUUGUAGACUAUUAAUUCAUUUUAUAUCGUUUAUUUAAGUAAUUUCUUGUAAUAUUUUUCUAAGGCCACCGAGCUGGGAUAUAUAAUUUAAUAAUAUAUUUUAAAUUAUUUAUUUUGCUAUGGUUACAAAAACUGUACAUAAAAAAAGCAUAAAUUAAGGUACUUAUAAACGGAAAAUAUUACACAACUUUAAGUAAUCACUUAUGGAUUAUUGAAACAACUCAUUAAAAAAUUUGCUUUCUAUAACAAAACAGAAGCAGAGCUUAAAUGUAGCUGGAGUUCGGCACCGGCAAUGGUUAAUUUUUUUGUCAAAUCCAUAAUUCAAACAGGAAGCCCAGAAAAGGUGAGCUUUGUUAUUUUUAUUUAUCAUUUCAUUAUUUUCCGUUAAUUUAAUUUAUUAUUUUCUGUCUCUUCAUAAUUUAUUUAAUUAUUUUUUAUUUCUUUGUAAUUUAUUUAAAUUUUUAUCAUUCAUUUAUUUACUUUUAUUGACCUUUCCUGAAGCUUUCCAGAAGGUUCUGCCUUUCAAAUUUCAGAAAUUAAGCCCUGAAUAAAACAAUAGCAUGAUUACUUAGAAUUGUAGUGUGAUGCAAUUUUCAGAGGGGAGGAAACUAGAAUCAUUCUUUUUUGGUCUCUGCAAAGCUUUCUAACAUUUCAGCAAACUUUCGUCCUUUGUAACAUAACGCGACCAAGUAUAAAGCAGUUUAUAGUUAAUUAGAGAAAGAAUUAUGCAUAUCAUUGCUUCUUCUAACGUCAUGGAAAUAGAUUCGGUCUAAUCUAGAUAAUAUACGAUUUAUAAGGCAUUCAGAAGUAUCUGCGUGUCUUAAAAUGAAGCCUCAUUCCUUACAUGUUUUUUACUAAUCACCGAGAAUAAAACUUUGUUAUAGGAUACAAUUUGCGUUUUUAAUUGAGAUUCAAAUUUUAAUCUUAUUUAAACGUCCGAGUUUAUAUGCGUUAAAAUUCUCUUUCAUUCUGAAAAUUCCAUUGCUAAACACAGUACUAGGAAGAGAAUGAAGUUAUUCUUAAAUUUUUAGUUGAUGCUUACGGAAUAUUUUAAAUUACGAGUAUUAAAUGAAAUCAACAUCCGCAACUCAACGCCAUCUAUCGGUAAUUUUGAAAAGCUGUCUUUGAAGCUAUGUAAUUCAUGUAAAACGACGAAGGAUAUUUAAAAUGUAAUUAAUAUUAAAGCUUAAAUUAUUGUUAUACUUGCUGAAGGCAAGUAACUUACUUAUUUGCGGUUUAAUAUAUUAUUCGAACGAAAUUAAAACGCAAAAAUAUGAAAGGGAAUUUAAGUGUAAAAACAGUCUGUGGACUGUGUCAUCAGUCAUUGUAGGUGAGUCAACGAAUAGCUUCAAUAAAUUAAUUAUGAUAUUCUCAGUUUACCUUUCAAACCGAUGAAGUCUUUGGUGUCUUUUUACGGACUGUUUGAAAAAAUUUUAAAUCAGUUUGAAAAUUUUAAAAUGGGUAUAGUCCUUCUGAUUUUUGUCCAUUUUUUUAUAUUAUUAUACUUAUUCUUAUUAUUUUUUACUUUAAUUUUUACUGUAGCUGGAAAUCUUGAUUUUUAACUUAUCUUAAUUAAAUUUAACGUUUUAAAGUAAUUACUUGAAAUUGAAGCUAUAUUGGCAAGACGUAAUUUGAUCACAUUGUUUGAUAAGUCGUGAAGAAAUAUUAUUAAGAUAAGAAGAAUAUUUAUGCGAAGAUGCUGUAUAACAAUGUUACGUUUUAAAUAGCUUCUAAGAAAUGUAUUCGAUCAGUUAGAUGCUUAUGAAUAGCCGUAAAUGUCAAUCGUUUCCUGUUUGAUCACUUGUUUAAAUUUAUGCACUAUAAGUUGUUUUUGAUUUUAAAAUCUCCGUAAUUAUUUUUAAAUUGUGAUAUAUGUACAUUUAUUUUGUGUGAUAAUAUUACCUUCUUUGCAUUUAUAACCAAACAAAUUUGUACCGAAAUGUAUCCACAGUAAUAAUCGUUUAAUUAUAUAUCAAUAAAAGAAGUAUGCUUCCAAAUUUUUAUAUAAUAUAUGCAAAUUAAAACUUUUAUUCUAAAAGUAAUUUCUCUUGAUAAAGAAUAUAAUUUCAAGCAUAUAAUAACCAAAUAAUUAAUGUGAAUAAAAUCGAAAUAUGUUUAAAAUUUUUGUGGAUUUAUUGGUUUUUCGCAAAUUUUCGCCCAUUUAAGUGGCUUAUGUAUAAAAUAAAAUGCUUCGCCUUAUGUAACUUUAACACUGUAAAGGAAAAGCAAUCUAAUAUAAAAAACAAUUACGAAGUAAAUUUUUAAAUUUCAUUACAGUUAUAAUGUGUUUCAAAAAUUUGACCACUUUCCUAUAAUCCGCACUCUACAAAGGCAUCUGUGCUUUUAACUUAAUAUCAGCCUCACAUGUGCAUUUAAAGAUAUCUCAUUUCUAGUUAAUGUAGUUUACUGCAUCCAUUCCAUACCUGUGUGAAAAUUUUCUAUCAUAUUUGUAUAUACAUAUAUAUAUCAUAUUUUUCCUCACGAUGUGUAAUCGUACAGCAAUGGUUCUUUGUUCAGAAUAAUAGCAUCUAUAUAUAAAUAUAUAUUACAUACAUAUAAAGAAAAAUAUGCAUGCUAAACGAAGCGUGUAUAUAUAUUGAGCAAUUAGCGUGAAAAAGAAGUAUUUUGCCUAUCUCAGUGAAGAGUAUCUAUAAGUUUUGAAUUUUUCCUGAAGAACAUUGUAAUCACGCAUAUUUAAAUAUAAUUAUUGUACCUGCUUCCAGAAUUAAAAUCUCUUAUUCAUCUA